GCCCCUCUCCUCUGGUUAGUUUUCUUGCUUCUACUUUUCAUGGAACUGUUCAACUAUUACUCAAUGCUCUGCAAGUGUUUGAUAAAAUGUUUUAAAAGACCCCAAGAAAAAUAAUAUGCUUCUGCAUUGAAUAUCCCUUCUUCUCUACUCAAAGUUGACCCAAGCCAUCACUUUCAUGUCUUUGCAUUUAAAUUGUAUUUUGUACCUAACAUUUCAUAACCAUGAUAAAUUUAAAGCUUCUCUGAGUUUAACUUUCAAUAUAGGUGUACAGGAUUUAGUUUAUAGCUUGUAGAGCACACUUAUCAAUCAUUUAAUCGCGAAAACAUUUUUAUUAUGUAACCUUCCCUUUGUUGGGUAACCAACAUGUAUGGUUGUGAUUUUCCAAGUCAUGCAAUUAGCAUUUGAUUAUACCUUUUAAUCUGAAUGUUUCUAUUUCAGGGUUGGGUAACACUACAAUUGACCCGAGAUCCCACCUUUGCAAGAGGAUUCUUGUCUGCUAGAUCCGUCACUGGGUUUCUUUCAGAUGUUUAUUCUGUAGCUGCUGAUGAAGUUGGGAAAAUUUUUGUUAUUGCUGAUGAAAGGGCAGAUCUUAGCAAACCAGAGACAAUUCCUGUAACGUUGGUUGGCAUUCACACUGUUAUUGAUUGUGCCACAGGGCGCCCAGAAGAUGUUAACUCAAACUUUUCGAUCUCCUUGUUUUGAUGAUUAACAAAUAUUUGAUUAUUAUUUGUUACUAAUGAUUUAUUGAUUUUGUAGCAAAUUUAAAAGAGAAAAUAAAUAUUUUGGUAUUUUUACCAAACUUUUAAAGGCAACACUAAAUGGACUCAACAAGCAUAUCAAGAGCAAAAGAUUCAUCAAGGGAUCAACAACUCAAGACCCUAUUCAAAAGAGGUCUUCAAAAUCCCAAAGUCAAAAAGUCAACCCGAAAGUCAAAGUCAAAGUCAAAGUCAAGGUCAACUCUCGGGAAAAAUCAACUUGGGAUCAAA